AUGAAAAAAGAUAUUGAACUUUCUCAGCAGGAUGGCAUACCAAGGAAUGUUAGAGAUGAUCAUGAAGAUGUCAUUCGAGACUGGCAAAAAGAUGAUGAGACAUUUGUAGAAACAAGAGCAUCAGAACAUGUUAUGUCGUGGCUUUCAAAAUGUAAUAUAGCUGUUGUAACAGGGAGUUCAGGGACCGGAAAAUCCUUUCUCAUCCACCAUAUUGCUUUAGAGUUACAUCGUCAGAAGUGUUUUGAUAUAAUACCUUUAUCAUUUGUAACGGCGCCUUCGGAUUUAAUUCAUUAUAAGAGUAAAAUUAGAAAUCAGGUUUUUGUUAUUGAUGAUAUAUGUGGUAAAAGAACAAUUGAUGUACAUUGUGUAAAUAUAUGGAAAGACCUCACUGAAAAGUUAAAAUCUGUCUUCCAAUUAAAUUCUGUCGAAACAGAAGAAACCAUAAGUGCCAAACUUCUAAUUUCCUGUAGGCUUCAAGUGUUUAAUGACUCACAGUUCAAAUGCUUAAAACUUUUUACAGAAAAUGCUUUUGGUCUUCAAACUGAACCGCUUUGUCUUCUUCCAGACGAAAGAUUAUUAGUGAUCAAGAAAUAUUUAACAAGCGAAAAAAUUAAUCAUGUAAUAGAUCAUUUAUGUGAUUUUGACUUCUUCCCACUACUCUGCAAAAUGUCCAAAAACCUGUCGUUUGAAAAACUAAAACUGCUCUUCACAUCACCGAUUGAAACAAUAGAAGAAGACAUUGAAUAUAUGAUAGAAUCGGAUAAAAACUAUCAAUUAUGUGCCUUAAUUUUAUGUAUUUUGUUUGAAGAAGGAUUUAAAGAGGAAUGGAGUAAAUGUAGAUCGAAAACGGUACCAAUAAUAUUAAGAAAAAAACUGACUGAAAUAACUUUUCAUUGUAACAUUGAUUUAGGUCGAGAUUGUGCAAGACGAUCUUUAGAAAAUGCAUUUUCGGCAUUAUUGGGAACGUUUCUGAAGAAAAUUGGAACAAACUAUAGCAUUAUUCAUGACAAAAUAUACGAUAUUGUAUCAGUUGUAUGCGGACAUGCAUAUGAGGAAUGUUUUAUUAGAUAUGCUAACGGAAGAUUUAUUGGUGAUAGAUAUCUAUUCAAAUCGAUUGAAUCAAAUCCCACCGAUGACGUUAUUGUGCUUUCGGAAGAAAUGGAAGAAGAGUAUCUUAAAAGACUGGUAGACGAUUUGAAACAACAGGAUAUCUACAGCACCCUACAUAAUAAACUGUUAGUUCACGAACCGUUUCGAGAAAAACUUCUAAGAUUCCUUAACAACAAUGUCGACGAUUUAAAAGAUGUUUUCAAGCAAAUUGAUAACAAUGGAUUAAAAUUGGUGCCAGGAGAGGUUCAUUUUUGGGAUGAAUCAGAUAUUGACGAUUCGAGUGGUGAAUAUAGAGUUGAAGACAUCACGUUCCCGUUGAUAGAAGCAGCUACCGAGGGGUACCUUGAUAUUGUUGAAUUCCUAAUAAAAAUGAAAUGCAAUGUCAAUCAUUUAGACAGCUUUGGUAGAUCAGCCUUAUAUAGAGCUUGUGAAGGCGGAUUCCACGAUGUUGUAGAAAUUUUAUUAAUUCAUGGCGCUGACCCUUCUUUGUGUCAUGAAGACGAAUCAUCGCCAUUACAUAUGGCAUGUAGAGCAGGAAAAACUAGUAUUGUGCAAUUGCUUCUUGCUAAUAAUGUUGAUGUCUGUGAACUUGACCAAGACAAUAUAUCACCGUUACGCAUAUCAUGUGAGCAAGGGAACAUAGAUAUAGUGAGACUACUACUCCAGAAUGAAGCUAACGUUAAUAUGUACGAUAUUUGGAUGAAUCAUUGUCCUCUCCAGAUGGCAUGUGACGCUGGCCAUUUAAAUGUAGUGAAACUAUUGCUUGAAAACGAUGCAGAUGUAAACAGCGUGUCUGUAUUUAAUGACACUCCUUUGAGUCUGGCAUGCGAGGGAAGUUUUGCUGAUAUAGUUAGAGUGUUACUGGAAAACAAAGCUGAGAUUUUUGAAACAAUACCCAGCAAAUCUCCUCUGUUUAUAGCUUGUCAAAAUGAAAAUAUUGGAAUUGUGAAAAUGUUACUGGACAGCAAUAACGAUGUUUAUCCAGGUAUAUAUGAAUGGGAUGGAAGACCACAUUUACCCUUGAUUGCUGCUUGCGCAAGUAACCAAGUUGAUAUUAUGCAGUUACUACUACAAGGAUGUAGCGACGAAAUUUGUUGUUUUGACAGAUGCUUUUCUAUGUAUAAGGCUUCGUUUCAUGGUUGCACAGAUAUUGUGAAAGAAUUCAUGAAAAACACAGAUUUCCUUUUAGUUGAAGAAGCUGAUAGUGUGAUGAAUAACUCUAUGUAUCUAGCAUGUGCAGGAGGAAAAAUCGAGACAGUUAAAUAUUUCCUAUCUGAAGGUAUCAAUAUAUGUCAAUACUCCGAAACUGGCCGAUCAUUGCUUCAUGCAACUUGUGAGCCUUCCUCUGAAAAUGAAGGUCACAAAUCUGUUAUCAGCCUGUUGAUUCAAAAUAAGUUAGACAUCUCCAAACCUGACAAUGAUGGAUUAUCACCUUUACAUUUAGCCUGUCGAAAUUGUUUACUUUCUGUUUGUGAGUUUCUUAUAAGUAACAAUGCGAAUGUUAAUAUGCAAGACUAUCAAAGCAAGUCACCUUUACAUUUCGCCUGUCAAAGUGGUUCGUUUUCUUUAUGUGAAUUUCUUAUAAGUUUCAAAGCAAAUGUAAACAUGCAAGACUAUCAAAACAAAUCACCUUUACAUUUCGCCUGCGAUAGGAUUGAACCAAAUAUCGACAUCAUUGAAGUAUUGCUAAAAAAUAAAGCAAGCUUUGAAUUGUGUGAUAUCGCCGGUAAAACCCCCCUUCAUGUAAUUUGCGAGAGAUUCCAAAACUCGAUGUACUUUCGACAAGAUACUAAACGUUUUAAUAUGUUUCUCCUUGAAAUAUCUUCGAAUUGCAAGUCGAUAGUCAAAUCACUUGUUGGUUAUGGUGCAGAUGUGAAUGCACGUGACAAUGAAGAAGAAACGCCUUUACACAAGGCAUGUCGGUAUGGAGAUUAUGAACUGGUAAAAACAAUACUUUCAUCGAAUAAAUCAGACCUCAAUCUACGCAAUAAAAGAGGUGAGACACCAUUGUAUUUAGCGUGCAAAUUUCGCCACGAGCAAGUAACUAAGAUAUUAGUAGACGGACAGGCAGAUAGUACUAUAGAAGAUAAAGAUGGAAAAUCUCCUCUUGAUGUAUCUUUAGUAAAUUUGAAAUCAUUUGAAGAAGAACGCAACUUUUAUAAGAUUGUUUUAAUGGAUGAGGUUGAUGAUGAGAACUAUCUGCAUAUCUAUACUGUCUUAAAGCAUAUUGUUUCUCUUUUGACUGAAUACAAUGCACACAUAUCGAAGUCAUGA